GGUGUGUCACCAUGGAGAUGGGGGCCGGCUUGCGUGUUCGUUUGCCAUUGGCUGGGGACUCGGGGCUGGGCUAGAAGCCAGCCGCGAGUAACUGUGCAUACACUGUGCACAGCGCUCCCGGCCUCCAGUACGGCUCUGCGCAGCGCGGCUCAGCGGCCCGGAUCCCAGAGGCCAAGGGCGGGCUCCUCGAGAGGGCGGCGACGGCGGCACCAUGGAAAACCGAUUUACGUAUGAUGAUUAUCAGAACACGAGUGAAUGGCUUCUGUGCCACACCAAGCACCGACCUCAAGUGGCAGUCAUCUGUGGCUCUGGGUUAGGAAAUCUGGUUAAUAAAUUAACUGACAGCCAGAGCUUUGACUACAGCGAGAUUCCAAACUUUCCCCGAAGUACAGUGCCUGGUCAUGCUGGUCGACUGGUGUUUGGGUUCCUGAAUGGCAAGGCCUGUGUGAUGAUGCAGGGCAGGUUCCACAUGUAUGAAGGCUACCCGAUCUGGAAGGUGACAUUCCCAGUGAGGGUUUUCUUCCUUAUGGGCGUGGACACCCUAGUGGUCACCAAUGCAGCUGGAGGACUCAACCCUGAGUUUGAGGUUGGAGAUAUCAUGCUGAUCCGUGAUCACAUCAACUUUCCUGGCUUCAGUGGUGUGAACCCUCUCAUAGGGCCCAAUGACGAAAGGUUUGGACUUCGUUUUCCUGCCAUGUCCGAUGCCUAUGACCGGGAUAUGCGGCAGAACGCUCACAGGGCUUGGAAACAGAUGGGGGAGCAGAGAGAGCUGAAGGAAGGCACCUAUGUGAUGUUGGCAGGCCCGUCUUUUGAGACUGUGGCUGAAUGUUGGCUGCUGCAGAAGCUGGGCGCGGAUGCUGUUGGCAUGAGCACGGUACCAGAAGUUAUAGUUGCAAGGCACUGUGGACUUCGAGUCUUUGGCUUCUCCCUCAUCACUAACAAAGUCGUCUUGGAUUAUGAAGCCAAGGAGAAGGUCAAUCAUGAGGAAGUACUAGAGGCUGGGAGACAAGCAGCACAAAAAUUGGAACAGUUUGUCUCUAUUCUUAUGACCAGUAUUCCACCACCUGCCAAAGCCAGCUAACGAGCCCUGGAGUGGUCUGGCCUCUCCAUAAUGGGAUCCAAGUAGCUACCACAUACUUCGGCCCCUUGCUGGGGUCACGUGCCUCUGCCCUUCAGUAGUAGGAAAAGAGAGGAAUAUCACUAUCCUUCAGCUUUCCCAAUUUCUCCCACCAGACCCUUCUGCACUGGCUCUUCUGCUCAGUUAUCUCAAAGCAGUUAUCAUCUCCUCCCCCAGCCCAAGAGCUAGAACCCAAGCCCUGCUGUGCCUAUGCCUGGGUGUGACUUGGGCUGUUGAACUUGGCCCAGUAGCUACUGCUGUCCUUUUGAUGUAAUGCUUUCACAUUCCUGGGGACUCGGUUCUGCUUCCUCCAAAGCACUAGAGCCCACACGAGGGCCAGCCCAGUCCGAUACCCCUUGGAGUUUUGUAUUACCCUAUUUUGAGAAUAAAAAGAAAGAUGAACUAAUA